GUUUGCCAGUGCGGCCAUACAGUGGCCAUCACUGGCCAUAACAUCGGCGGCAGUUAUGCUUACCUGCGAUGAGAGGGCUAUUGAGAUGACAGCCAAUUAUGGAUUGAGAAGAUCCAAUGGUCAGAGCAUUGGUAUUAAAUUUGAUGACAACUUAGAGGAAAACCAUUUCAAGACAAUUAUAAUGGAGAGAAGACUCAAACAAUUUGAACAGUUGUAUGAAUUCAAGUCAUCGAUAGACUUGCCAUCAGAUACUGGACUGAAAACAAUUGAAAUGCACGAAGAGAUUCGGGAACGACAAUAA